AUGAUCGUGUCGAUGGGAGCCCUGUUGCCUGGUGUUGGAUGCUAUUUCUGUAUCGCCUAUACCUACGUCUUUCAAUUUGAUGUUAUCGCCAACUUUUCCCAGAGUGAUCAAUGCCCAGGCGUUCAAUCAAUGCUCCCACCUGUCUCGUAUGCUAUCGGAGUUUGGGAACCUCAACGUUACUUUUGGCUGUUUAUCAUGUUUUUACACUGCCCACCAAGAAUUUUCUUCCUCAUUUUAUAUCGACGGGCAUUUCGUAAUGCUGCUCCGAAAUCCGCAUGCUAUCGUCGAGUAAUUUAUUUCUACACAAAAACGAUGUGGUCUGAAUUGGUUGGUCUAAUUGCAGUCAGCGUCCUCGACAUCAAAUGCAAUUUUGUGAUCCAUGCAAUCGCCUACUCGCUCUGGAUCAUCUCAUUCAACUUCAAUAUGCUCUUCAACACAAUUCUUCACCAUUAUGGAGGAAUCCGUGAGACAUCGCAAAAGGUAUUCUUCAGUUUCUUAUUUGCUCUUUGA